AUGAUUUCCCGCGACGUUGAUAUUGGCGACGCUUCCCCUAUAAAACAACUCGUUUACCGAUUGAACCCAACGAAAGCAAAACACCUAGACCAACAGAUCCAAUACCUCCAUGAAAAUGAUAUCAUCGAACACAGUCAAAGUAGUUGGAAUUCACCCUGUAUAUUAGUUCCGAAACCAGACGGUAGUUAUCGGAUGUGUACGGACUAUCGUAAAGUAAACAACCUCACGAUGUCGGAUAAUUUUCCUAUUCCUCGGAUGGAUGAUUGCGUGGAUAAAAUUGGAAAUACUAAGUCUGUGUCGAAAGUUUCAAAUCCCUUUAAGCGAACGUGCCAAAGAGGUUUCAGCAUUCGUAACACCACGUGGAUUAUAUCAAUACAAAGUGAUGCCAUUUGGAAUGCGGAAUUCCCCUGCCACCUUCCAACGCCUUAUCAACAGGAUAAUUUCACAGAUCGACGGUUGCGAAGGUUAUAUUGAUGCCAUGAGCAUUUAUAGCGACACAUGGGAAGAGCAUCUGGAAAUAUUACGCAAGUUUUGUCAAACGGUUAAGCGAAGCCAAGUUAACCAUAAAUUUAUUCAAAAGUGAAUUCGGUUGUGGUCAUCUUACAUAUUUGGGCCAAAUCGUUGGCCAGGGCCAAGUCAAACCCAUCAACCCCAAAGUCGUAAUAGUAUAUAUAUAUAUAUAUAUACUAUUACGCUCCUUCACUUCGGUGUUGUUGAGCACUCUGCGGAGUUGUUAAUGGGUGACUAUUAGCGAUAAUGCAAAGCUCGCUUCCCUUGUGGUUGUUUGAGCACUCUGGCCCCAUUACGCUCUGCGCAUGUCUGGAUGCGUUGAGUCACCGUGUUGGACCACAUGCCUUGGUGAGAGCAAGUUCAUGGGGUAUAAAUACGAGUGUCUUACGUAUCUAGACGUGUACCAAGCUGCACUGACGAGGCGUUGAACGCCGAAACAUGCAUGUCUGCAGAUUGUACUAUAUAUAUAUACAGGGUGUAUCAAAAAAAGCGCAAUCCUCGACUGAAAUGUAAAUUGCUAAGCAAAUAAUAGACGAAAACGUUAAAAUUUACAUUCAUUUUAAAGCGUAGCCAUUCAGCUUUCUAACAGUGGGUUGUUUCUCAAAUUUGACUUAUUGGUUCGCGGGUAAUAAUACUUUACGUUAUUGCGAUUGGAGAUUAAAAAAAUUGAGAUGGAAUAACAAAUCGUUCUUUAUGAAAAUAACUGAUUUUUUUCAUUAAAACAAAAAAAUAUUGCAUUUUAUUAAAUGGAUUGUAACAAUAAGUAUAAUUACGGCUUUUCUUCCACUAUUUUAAACUCAGUUUGAAACUUCAAAUGCGAUAUAAUUUUGGCUUUGACCAUCUAAGCUGACUGACAUCAACUUGCUAUAAUUUCUGUUUACAUUACAUCGCAAUUCGAUGACACUCUGGCUCAGACACCAGAAUGUUUUGACGAUUUUUAGCAUUCGUUUAGGAUUUUCAAACAACCUGGUCUCUUUUAAAGUACUUUUAAUUUGUUCUUACAUGGUUUUCCAGAUGUAGGGACGACAACAUUAAAGUUUAAAGAAGAAAAUUCUAACAUUUAAACCGACUAAACAAUAACAUAGUAAACUAGCAUAAUUAAACAGCAACUAAAAUGAUAGGUUUUACUAAAUCUUUUCCUGUGCAAUUAUUACAAGCAUUGGAGACAAGGAUAAUAGUUUAUUUGAAAGAGAAAAGAACAGGCUUUGAAGUAAGCCUAAAAGCGUUUAACUAGAAAUAGUAUUUCGAAAGUUAUUAAGCACAAAAGAUGAAUUGCGUUUAUUUUGAUACACCCUGUAUACCUUGCUCUUCAUGGACAAGAUAAACCAGUGAAUGUAUAAAGAAUAUGGCCAGAGCAAUUGAAUCCAAUGGACCCAAGUGCAAUUGAUCUGGACUAUAUGGAACUGGAUGGACACAUGUUAGUUAUAUUGUUUCUGAACUAUGCGAGUAUUUGCACCCACUAAUUGCCGAAGGAGAUAUCUUAGAGGUCUAUGUUCAGCAUAUCAAGUAUAGGGUUGACGUUUUUAAAAUAGGAUUUUAUCCAAAAAUUUCAUAAAGUAAUGUGGUGAGUGGGAGACUCAAGUGGUAAAGAAGAGCAUGAGUGUAUGUUGACAGAUGUUUGUGAUAUAAUAGCAACUGACUAGGUUUAGCAACUUAUAGCAAGUUAUAGAAAUGCUGUUAUUUCAAUUUGCUAACUUUUUAGAUUUUUUGUCAGCAUUUUUAAACAAAAACUAGGUUAAUCACAAGUGGGUGCAAUUAAAACAAUGUCUGCCAUGCACACUCAUGCAAUUAAGUACAUAAUUGUAACAUGUGCUGUACACUAAAUGAAUAAAUAAAUAGUUUAUACAUCAACUAGACCAACUUUGUGAGUAUUUUUUCAUUAAAAUUAAUGCAACAAUAAAACAAAAAUAUGUCUUUUUAUAUAUACAUAUUGAUCCAAGGUCCCACAAUAACUUGCUGCUGAUACUUUGUGGUACAUUAUAUCAGAAUACAAAAAAAACCUGCAUAUAAUGCAUCUAUCAAUGUUAAGUCCCAGAUCUGGGGUAUUUGAUUAUUAAUUGCAUAUAGCUGAUUUAUAUAUAGCUGAUUUAAUAUUACUAUAAUUACAUAGUUGAUUAUUGAAAAUUCUCCCCGCUGAUUGGUCGCCGUUGAGGCGAUUAUAGCCCGAUAAUCACGUAAGCGAUUUUCAAAAUGGUGGCCGAAACCGUUUUGUCAAUUAAAUGACGAAGAAAUGUGUAUUCUUUUAUUUUUUCUAAAUAAUCACCUAUAUGAAAUUAUACUAAAACAAUUAUUCACCUCAGGCUCGGUGAUUAUCGUGAAUAAAAACCCCUCCUUUGGCGAAUAAUUGUUAAUUAAUUACAGCAAUAAAACACAGUCAUGGGAGAAAAAUAAAGCAUCCAUGGGAAAUAUAUAGGGGACACAAUAAGAAGGUUGUAAUUCAAACCAGUCUAUUGCACCACAAUUUACACUUAAAGAAUACUUUCUGUAAACGAUUAAACGCAUGUCAAAUAACGGAUUUCUUUUUAAAUACAAUCCAUUAUACUGUAAUUUACGAUAACAGUAUACUUACUGGAAAAAAUAACAGUACAUCAUUAUAUAUGGCGAGCAUCACUUCCUGGUGAAAUGGCGGACUGUGAUUGGCUAAGAUAAUUUGUUAUUAAUAAGAUAUCUGCUUAAAAGAAGGAAUACAUUGGUAUUUUUUUGUUUUCUUCGACCAAAUGUGUACCACGCUGCUAAUAUGAAUUUCAAAUCAUGCAUUUCUUGUUUGUUUCAAGUAUAAAUGCCAUAUAAUAAAAUUUUUAUUAACCUCGCUUGCUCGGUAUUUACAUGCAGAGAAAUAUCGGACCUCGGACUUUUUAUACAUAUCACUCCCUACUGGCUUGGUCUAUACAAAAAAAGUCCCAGGUCCGAUAUUUCUCUGUACAGACCUCGCGUUCGGUUAAUAAGAAGUUGUACUUCUUUUCUACGUUACUUUAAAUUUGGGCAUUUUAAUUACCGUUACUGGAAAUCGAGUUCUCAAUUUUAAGAGAACAGAACUGAACUAUUGUGACUUUGAUCAAACACUGUGGUGCAACACAUGUAAAUCAACUUCUGAAGGCUCUGGUCCUAAGUGGGAUUGACCCUUUACAUUGUUUGUUGAGCUGGAUUUGGCGUGAUUCUUAUGUUCAAGAAUAUUUAGAAUCAUUCUUUUGUUCCUAUUGUUGUUGACACUUUUGAAGUCCACCCCAAUACAGUGCAUGGUACUAACACUUGCUGAAGACAACUAAUACCACAACUAAUUCAACUGCUGCAUGUCUGUUGCAUCAUAAAAGAGCCAUAACCUACUGAAGAAAUCAGUGCUGUGUCAUAGUGUCAAAUUGGAAACAUGCAGCUUCUCCAAAGCUUUUUGUUGUAGUAGUUGAAUCAAUGUUACUCAGCAUACGCAAAUUCAUGUUUCAUAUUUUCAUUUGAUUUAUUAGAUAUCGACGAAUGUGCUCGUGGUUACUGUGAUCCAAAUGCAGACUGUGUAAACAGUGUGGGAUCAUUUUAUUGCACUUGCAGAUCUGGUUUUACUGGAAAUGGACGCAACUGCUCAGGUAAUGAAAUAACAUGUGAUACGAUGUUCUGUAGAAUUAGAUAAUUAUCAUGAGAUAGCUAUUUGACUAUCUGACAAACUAAAUUUCUACAAACCGGCAAACAAAGUUCACCAACUUGUCCUGGAGUGUUUUAGGUGCGACGAAAUUUGUAGAAUUCCAGUCCGGUGCAGUUUUUUUUCCAUUAACUACUCAUUCCCAUAGAUAUCUUAUAUACACUAGAUAGCGCAUCUCUUUUAUUAAAAUUGAAGCCAAGAAUGUUCCAGCGGUUACCCCCAUUUGAAAAGAUGGCGGCCUUAUUGGUCGUUCCCACUUGCAAAUAAACGCUUAAAAACAACAAUAACUUUCAUCAUUUGAAUAGUUUAAAAACGUAUUUGGCAUAGGGUUAACUUAGUGUUUAAGUUCCCUGUUUAAGAAAUAGAAAACACACGAAUCUUCUCAUUUAAUGGGAACGACCUGAGACUGCAAUCACGGCUUCAAUUUUUGAAUUGCAGAAUAAUUAGAUGCACUAUCUAGUAUAUAUAAGAUAUCUAUGCUCAUUCCCCACUAUAUAUACUGCUUUACUAAAAUCUUUAUAGAAAAUUUCUAAAAUUUAUAUAGAUAGAAAACAAAAAUUUGUAAUGCAAAAACAUGUUCUCGAUUUGUAAUCCGAAAAUAUGUUGUCAUGCUUUUUUUUUAAAAUGAUAUUUCAUAAUUAUAGUUUUUAGUUUGCUAUAAGCAUAGAAACAAUUAGCCUAUCUCACGACGGCCAAAUUCGCCAUUUUUGGGGUACUUUUUUAAAACUUGACGACAUGAAAAAUCCAAGCGAUGUGAAAACAUUUUUUCAAAUAUUUAACUGUAAAUUAACUUAUAAUGAUUAUACUCACAAUUAUAGUUAAACAAAUCCCUUAUUCACUGCGUACAAUCUCAGAUUUGGAAAAGAUAGUAACUCAAAAAUGGCGGCGUGAGAAAAGCUAAUUGUGAGUCAUCGUGUUUGUUUUCAAACUACAAAGAGUAACAUGGUGCCAAAUUCGCAUACGCGCUUAGAAAUAUCAGCAAACUAUAUGUGUUACCAGACCCAACGGAAUUUUAAAGAAAAAAGACCAAAAUAAAUUAACACUCCUAUACAUGUACAUACCUGUAGAUUUUAUUUUUGUGGAGGUAGCCAAUCUUUAAAUGGAGCUAGACUAUGCCACAUUCUCGUACCCAGAGCCCGCCUUAUACACACGAUCAACAGGGCAUGACAAGGACGCGGUGUACGAGAAUGGGUUUGCCUCAACCGUCAACUGCAGAUCAAAAUUUAGUCUCUGAACGAGAACAAAAUGCCAAGUGUGUCAAUGUCAUGUUUAUGCGCAUAUUCUGGGUAUUUCAGACUUAUUUAAUACAGCGGAAUAUAGAAGUGCAUCCUGAGAGUUCUUGCAGUUAUUCAUGCAGUUAUUCCAGUUAGUCAGUAACUCCUGGUUUAGAUAACAAGCUCCAAAUGAUUUUUGGAGUUAGCAACACAGCAAGUAACUUCAACCUUGCAUGUAUGUACCUAGCGGCUAUAGGCUGACUCGCCUCGCUAUACACAUACUUUUUGGAGUUAGGCAGUAACUCAAGGCUUAGUUACCUUGUUUUUUCAUGAUUUUUGGAGUUAUACGUAGCUCCAAUUGAUUAUUGGAGUUAGCCAGUAACUCCAGGCUUAGAUGCCUAGCUCCUAAAUUAUUUUUGCAGUUGUAUACUUAGCUCCAAAUGAUUUUUGGAGUUAGCCAGUAACUCUAGAAUUCAUAUUUCAACUCUUGAAUUACACAAGUUACUCAAGUGUAUAUUUUGGUUUGGAGUUAGCCCUUUAGAGCUUGGAGGUAGUGUCGCUCCAUAACUUCCUACUUUCUACAGGCAUGCCGAGUGCUAAAUUGUUUCAAUAUUUCAAACUGUAUUUCCGCUCGAAGCUCUCGCGUAAAGUUUAGAUAUUCUGAAAUACCGAAAUAAAAGAUGCAAAUCUAUAGAUACAAACUUGAAAAUAACACUCUAAAUAGUGUCUUGGAUUGUGAUUCGAACGUCGUCGUACAUAUUUGUUUACAUUGUUCAAAGUGUAUUUCUAUAUAGGUAUGACUAGUUUACAUUGUUCGAGUACGGCAAGUUUAUAACUUAUGGCUAUUUUACAUUGUUCGAGUAUAUAGUACCUUUCAAGCGGAAUUUUUUGGUGGUAUUUUCGUAUAUCUACUACAAAUACUCGCGAAGUUCUUUAUAUUAAUAACGUCGGAAAUCUCAUGGCCGGACGGCAUUGAAUUUAUAUGAUGAAUUACAAAUUUAUCGCAACAGUUCGGAAACUUUCGUAGAUGCGCGGGAUUUAACCUAACCAAAGAGCCUGUUCGCAGGAGAAGUGAACCGUCCAUGCACUGCAUACAUACAUGUCCCUAAACCUCUGCCGACAACAUAUGGCGACUACUGUUCCAGUAGACGCCAAAAAUAUAUAAUUCAUGAGGACUUUACAAAGGUAAUUACUACCCUGUUGGUGCAUUUUACAUGUGAUAAACAAUCAUGUUAAUUUGCAUAAUCUUUUCUUUACUUACCCGGCUUGAACAACGUUGAUUUUCAAAAUUACCUCGCCAAUGAACUCGUAAGAUGGAUAGUUUUUAAAACACUCGUAGUCGUGCUUUAUCAGAUAGAGGACACUCCUGCUUGUGUUUUAACUAGUAGAUAGACCGCUUUUACUAGCCUAUAUAUACUUUUGCAUUUCAAGAAAUAUAUAUUUAGCACUCAACUAACAUUACAAUAGCACCAUGUAAGAUAAGUAACUUAUUUGUUGUUCUUUUUAGAAACCUGUGAAGAUGAAAUUGUAUUCUACUCUACAUCAUCAGAGAUUAUAUCAAAUUCCUCAGUCAGCAUUCCUACUGCAGAUAAUAAUAUAUUAGGAUAUGACAAAUACAACCGAAGAUUGUUGUAUUAUGAUGAUACGCAGAACCUAUACAGUGUUGGUUUGAAUGGUUUGAAUUCGACAGUUCUUAUCAAUAAAGCAAAUAUUGCAAAGUUUGCAUAUGAUGGUGAACGUGGUGUUCUAUACUACCAAAAUAGUAGAACAUUAAAAAUCAACUCAGUCAAUAUUAGCAGUGGAGAAGAUGUUGCGGUUCAAGCUUUGGAUUCCCUUUCUGGUAUAAAAGGCAUGGAGAUGGACAUAAAAAAUCGGUAAUUGUCUUCAAUUUGUAUAUUAUAAACUUAUUUAUAUGUACACUUGAAUGUCUGUAAUAGACUCCAAAGUUUAAGUGGGCAUGUGCUUCAGCUCUUUAUAGUUGUAUGUGAUUUGAAUAAUACCGGGGCGGGAGUUGAGACACUGUCUAUAAACGCACUCGUGGAAUAUGUAUUCUCAGUUUCACGCUGCAAUGUAGCAAUCACUUUUAUGGAACAAAACAAUCAGCAUUUUAUGAGACUGCAAGCAGGAUAUUGUACAAAAUACAUAAACGUAAACAAUUAUAACCCACUCUGCGCAUCAGAUUUCGCAAUGAUUUUGCAAUUUGUUGUUGUUUUUUUAUUAACUCCCAGAGACUGAGAUUGACUGUCUGUUGCGGGACUAUAUUAUUGAGGAUGCGAAAAAAAUCAAUCGGCAGGAAUCGAACCUGCGGCCCUGCGAUUCCGGUGCAGCGUCUAACCAACUGAGGUAGACAUAUUAUAGAUGUGAACUUGUGAUUGGAGCUCGACCGGGGCCCCGGCCCCGGCCAAAAUUGGCACCCCCGGCCCCGGACCGGCCCCGGCCAAAAUUCUGGAAAUUUGGCCGGGGAUUUCAAGCUCAAAUUUGUCAAAUUCUUUCUAUUAUUAUCUUAUAAUUGUCAAGAUUCAGGGAACCUUAGCAAAACUAAAAACUAGUAAAAACGUAGUAAAAACGUAGUAAAAACGUAGUAAAAACUAAGUAAAAGUUAAAACAGUUUAAAAAAAUCGACAAAAUUAUAUCGAAAGCAACGAACAGAAAAGAUACGUACCAUUUAUUAGUGAUUGGCAAUACUAUCGAAAAAGUAUCGAAAUCAUCGAUACUUACAAAAGUAUCGAUACUUUCGAUACUCGCAAAAAGUAUCGGUAAUGCUUCAUGAAGGCAACAGACUGAAGGCCCCUGAAGGCAAAAAAUGUUGACAUGAUGCUGUUCUUAAACAAAAACAUGUAGCUAAUUAGCAAUAUAUUUGAGGAAAACAUUGUUGUUUUGAUUUAAAAUCAUAAUUGCAAAUGUUAUGUUCGAUUAAUUGGCAGGUACUCCAGUUAGAGUAUUCUUUGACUUGUUUUAAACAUUAAUGUUCGUGUUUUAAAAGUUAUUUUAAUAAAUGGAAAAAAUUGAGUAUCGGUAUCGAUUUUGGUAUCGGUAUCGACCAAAAUUCAUGGUAUCGGACUGGUAUCGUAUCGAAACCAAAAAGCUGGUAUCGCCCAUCACUACCAUUUAUUCUCGUAAAAUGUUUCCAAUAUGGCUGACGAUAGCAAUAAACCGCUGUCCAGUAAAUUCCACUGGCCUUUCCAAAUCCCGCUUAAACAACAUCGCUCAACAUCACAUAAUAUCAAUGUUCGACCCAAUCUCGUACUCAGAGCAAUGCCUGUGCGCGGGCUAGGAUGGCAUUGGCUCUGGGGAAAUUGAAUUUUUCUUGUGCUGUGAUUGGUUUAACGUUUAUCAAUCGUGCAUGCCGACAAAGAACCGGAACCCCUAAAUUUAGGGGUUCCGGUUGUCAAUUUCCCCAGAGCCAAUGCCAUCCUAGCCCGCGCACAGGCAUUGCUCUGGGUACGAGAUUGUGUUCGACCAGUCCCCGGCCCCGGCCCCGGCCAAAAUCAUGCAUCCCCGGCCCGGCCCCGGCCAAAAUCAUGCCCCCGGUCGACCACUGGGCCUCGACGACUGUCCUCUGUAGCUCAGUUGGUUAGAGCGCUGCCCCAGAAUCACAGGGCCGCAGGUUCGAUCCCUGUCAGGGACCUGUAGUGGCGUUUUUCGCAGCUGUUCCUGGUUAGAUCUAAUAAAUGUACAUAAAUUUCCACUCGAUAAUUUCCAUCUACAAGACCUUCAACUGCAUAUUAGUGAAAGCUUUGAUGUGUUUCUCAGCAUAAUAUUUGAAAGAACUGUUUUUUAAUCUUGAGGGUUUUUUUUACCAACGUUCAGCUGACGUUUGUUGGAUCUAUUGUAUAUUGGUAAAUUACGUAAGAAAUGUUGCAUCUCAACUUUUGCCAUCAGUUAAUGAAAUUAGCCAUUUUAAUCCUUUAAGUACAUGCAAUGCGCCCAACUGCGUCCUACUUAAUUAUUUUACUCUGUCUAACGCUAGAUUACUUUACUCGUCAGGGGGAGAGUGCUGCCACUCAAUGGGUUAAUUACAAAGAAACCGAUUUUUUUAAAACUGGGUUUUGACGGUUGGGUUUGUAGUAUAUCUUCUGCAAUUUGAAUAUUGUAAUCAAAUUACCGACUCUGGUUUCCGCCAAUUUUGCAUAAGUUAAUAGUUUAUUGAAAUAUUUAGAUUUGAUUACUUUAUUUUGACAUUUUUAUAGGUACCUAGUAAUUGCAAAGUCAUCGGAUCCUCCUAUUGUUAGAUUUGAUAUUACAUCACUUGCAACCCAAGAUAUAAACUUUGAUGGCUCCGCUCAGACAUUGUCUGUUGAUCAAGAUAAUGAGGUCGUAUACUGGGACAAUUUUAUCGUUUCUACAGGAACAUAUAAUCUUACAAGAUCAUCUUACACUGGACAAACAGUGCCUCUUAAUAUCAGUUAUGACGCAGAAAUUGAUCUGGCGCAAGACUACAUGCAUCUGUAUGUGUUGGACAAGGAAAAUAAUAGAAUUGACAAAUAUAACAAACGCACAUGGGUAAAGAUAAAUGUUUUCAAUAUUAAUGCUGGGUCACGAAAAUUAAUCGUAGCAUUUGGUGAGUACCUGCUGUUGCAUUUACUGUACUAAAAUAUGCUUGUAUUUGAGUGACUUUGAAUACUGAUGGGACAAGGUUGCUCUGUGUGUCGCCUACAUUGGUAUUUGUGGGCCUGUUGAUCAACACAUUGAGGAAUAACAAACACUUCAUGCCCAGUACCUGCGCAUCACCACUUUAGGAAAUACAUAUCACAAUAAGAAUCAAGAAACUUUUUCUGACCAUGCAGGUAUCUUAACUGUGGUAUUGCGAAGGUUUUCAUUCUUCUCUUGUCUUUUCAGAUUACGAUGAAUGUUGUGUGGGAACAUACUGCCCCGAUAUGGUCAACAUAUCCAAGUGUUUAAACACGCCUAGUAGCUUUGUAUGCAUGUGCUAUGAAGGAUAUUUUCUUAAUGGAACCAUCUGUCAAGGUAAAAACUUCAAAACACAGCACAGUAGAGUUCUUAAAGUUCAUUAACUAUAGACAGCAUUCUGCAGAGACACUCAAAUCCUCUGCCAUUCAAAGUCAAGUAACAGCCUGAAGUACACACUUAAAAACGCACAAGUUGUAACAAAUCUGAAGCAGACUUGUAGCAAUGCUGUUCCAACAACUUGUCAACAGGAUGUGUUCGCACUGCUUGUUCCCAGCUUGUUGACAAGUUGCCAACGACUUGUUGACAACUUGCUGCAAGGUUGUUGAGCUCAACAGACUUCUUACGAGUUGUUCCAACAACUUGUUAUCGUCCUGCAAUUCAACAAUUUGUCAACCAGUUGUGAGUGACAACCUUGUAGCAACUUAAUAAAAUGUUCCCUGUUGUGAGACAGAGCCUAAAUAAACUGAAAAUAACUGCUAGGUGCAAUUUUAUCUUAGUUUGAAGCUGCAAAUUUACAACAGUGAAUUUAAAACAUCUACUUUGUAUACAGGGAGGCCAAGCGUUGAUCUGUGUUUUAAUUGAAUUAUAACACUACAUUACACUAAUAUGUCAUAUAAUAAUAAUACUCCUAUAGUCGAACAUGUAAUAACAACAUAUAAGUUGAUUUGUAUCUGUAUGUUUUUCAGUUUAUUUAAGAUCUAUUAUUAGCUUAUAUAAAAGCAUCGCCUUUCGAACCUGACAGCCCGUUCGCAGGAUACACGCGUUAUUUCGCACUGAAAUAAGAAGCGAGACAAGGGAUGACAUUACAACACGGCGAUGUUUUAUUUUGAAGCCGUAUGUGCUUGUUAAAACGAAUUUUAGCUUGAAAUUCGGCUACAUGAUAUGUCUAAGGCUAAAGUACAUAGCCAUUGAAAAAUUUUGUGAAAUAAAAGCCCUAGAGUCUUAUAAAUAGCUAUAGUUUUUAAUAGCGACGUUUCGUAGCAUGAACGCCCUGACUUGACUGGACCUAAUGUAGUUCAUUUUAAAUUUUAAACAUUGAAACCGUUACGGUCGACACAAAUUGGCUUCUCACCUCGAGUUUGCUUUCUUGUUUAUAUCAUUGAUUCCUAAAGGUUGACGGCGUUUAUUUGACACGACACUCAUUGCAUAAUUAUCGAUCCACUCAAGUCGGGGCGUUCAUAAUACGAUAAACUUUAAGAGUUUCAUCCCUUGUCACGUAUUUAUAUGUUCCCACCUACUAUUUCAAAUCCCGCGCGUCUCCCACGCGCGUAUCCUGCGAACGGGCUGUCAGGUUCGAAAGGCGGUGCUUUUAUAUAAGCUAAUAAUAGAUCUUAAAUAAAUAAAAAAACAUACAAAUACAAAUCAACUUAUAUGUUGUUAUUAUAUGUUCGACUAUAGGAGUAUUAUUAUUAUUAUAUGGCAUAUUAGUGUAAUGUAGUGAAAUAAUUUAAUUAAAACACAGAUCAACGCUUGGGCCCCCUGUGCUUUGCAUAUAAAUUAUGUGAGAGAAAAAGAAUCCAAAUUGGAAAAAUUGCAAUUAUUUUCCAAAUCGGUUCUGUAAAUUAUGAAACUAUUACAUUUUUUGUGUAGAUAUUAUUGACUGUGAUGAUGACCCUCCGUGUCACGUGAAUGCCACAUGUAAUGAUAUCCCUGGAUCAUAUGAAUGCAACUGUUCGGAAGGUCUCACUGGCAAUGGCACAUAUUGUGAAGGUAUAGACCUUUUUUUAUAAAUAUACCUUUUUCAAGUCACAUUUAAAAGGAUGUGAAGUUUUAUCCCUCAAUACACCAUUAUGUUUGCAAUAUUAUUAAACAUUUGGUAAUCUUACUGUUUGUGUGUGUUGGUGAUAUAUACUCAGGUGAAUAUGAUGUUUGUGAUAUUACUUUGGGUGUGCAUCCACACCGGGCAAGCUGAAAGUUUACUGACCACGGUGGGAAUCGAAUCCACGAACUUUGGGAUACUAGUCCAAUAUUCUACCGAUUUGCCCUCCUAGCUCAGUUCGUAGAGCAUUGGACUACAGUAGUAUCCCAAACGUCGCGGGUUCGAUUCCCACCGUGGUCAAGCAAACUUUUCAGCUUGCCCGCUGUGGAUGCACACUCAGAUUAACAUCACAGAUAUUUGAUAAUCUUGAUCUUAUUUUGAAAUUAUUAAUACGCUACCAUAAGUAUGAUUCCUUACGAUUAUGUGAGAAUUUUGUGUGAAGUUUUGUGAGAAACGUUCUUCAACCUUGUUGCUGAGGACAAUUUUCAACAGGUUGUCGUUUUUUAAACUAAACUAAACUAACUUGGUUUCUACUAGAUAGUUUUCCAUGAAUUGGUGCUUUUGGACGACAUCAAUGUCAAAAAAUCUCUUUCAACACAGUCUUAUUGUUACUAAAAAAUCUAAAACCUUAGUUAAACAAACAAUAUGGCGGAUUACUGACGAGGCUGUGAUAACAGCGAAAUUAAUAUAGAACGCCAUGCGAUUUUUUAGUAAGAAUAAGACUGUGUUGAAAGAGAUAUAUAGACAUUGAUGUCGUCCAAAAGCACAAAUUUCCUUGCUUCAACUAAGAGACGUUCAUAUAGCUCUCCAUGAAUAAACUGAUUUUUCUUUCUUGUUCCAGUGAAGAGCAUGCCCUGUAGUGAAGUACAAUUCGUAUAAAGGUGGUUUGAAAUAAGCAGCCAUAAAACGUUUUCUUGAGAUUUUCGUAUUCUAAUUUCUCGGAUUCACAUUUAUUCAAGAGACUAUCAUAUAAAUAUAUCAACCUUUAUGAUGAACAUGAGUGCUUUUUUCUUUCGUUUUUUAAGAUACCGUAGAAAUAUCUGAAUAGGUAUAGUAACCCUCUCUCUCCUCCGCAGAGGCUUAUAUGAAGUUUCUAGUGACAGAAAAGUGAGCGCGCAAGGAGUGAUGGGAAGAGCGAAGUAAAAGAAGCCUCUGCUAGUUAAUACAAUCAAAAUGGCGUCGUAUGUAAUCGUUUGGAGUUCGGUUCGAUAUCAACUUUCGAGGGUUAAAACAUGUUUUCCACUUUCCUUUUCAGGCGUACUUGACUCUCCUGGAGUGAAUCCAAUAUCAAUAUCUUCUUCUGUCCAUUUGCACCGAAAAAUAUUGAGAAAUUACAAAUGAAUUUAAAUGGAUAUGAGCUAUCUAAUUAUAAAUAUCCUCUAAAUUGCAACAUUUCUUUAUAAAAAUGACUCUACUGAACUUCGACACUCAGAUUAUGGUCGAAGAUUUAUUUCAAUUUCUUCCACAUUUCCGUCAAUUUCGAGUUUAAAAAAGAUCAAACAACUGGUUUGGUUCAAAAACCAUACUUCGUUGCAUUAUGUGGCAGAGCCUUCUCCGCUUCAUUUCAAUCUUCCCAUCACACCGCGCGCGCUCGCUUUUAUUCAGGAAACUUCAUGUAAGUUAUUUGUAAAUACUUACGGAGGCUCUGCAGAGGAGAGAGUAGUAACCCUCAUGCCCUUUGUAUAUUUGCCAGUUCGUAGAAACAGACUUUAACUAAGGCGCGGUGGUACAAAUUCUACAGUUAAAUUUGGGUGCUUUCUUAAUUUGCUAAGACAUUGAUGAAUGUAUGGUUGGAGGUUUCUGUCAUGACAAUGCGACAUGUAACAAUACUUAUGGAUCAUACAGUUGUGAAUGUUACGAAGGUUUCACUGGCGAUGGCAAGAACUGCACAGGUAAUAUUAGAACAUUUUAAUUUGAAAAAGGUCUCUAAAUAUCAUAACUAAGGCCCUUUUUCCCACUUGUUAAAUUAAACAUCCUGGGAUUUGUAAUCCCAAACAAUCACAAUAUAUGCUUUCAUUAACGUACAAUGCCAGUAAUUCGGUUGUGUUCUUCCAGGUUGUAAGUAAUUUAUCUCGUUUUUUUUAAAGAAACUUUGCAUGCAGUGAAUGGAUUCCUUGUAGAUUGCAAAUAUGUAAUUGAUUCGUAUUGAUAAAUUUGAGUCUUCAGUGGCUGUGCAGUUGCAGUUAUUCUGCGAAUCGUACCCGUAAAUUAUGAUACUACCAAAAAUACAUGCUGACGCGCUCAGAUUAUUAAUAUUUUUUUUAAUAUUUUAUUUUCAUUUCCUUGUGUUAGAUAUCAUUGAAUGUGAUGAUGAGCCUCCUCCGUGUCACGUGAAUGCCACAUGUAAUGAUAUUCCUGGAUCAUAUGAAUGCAACUGUUUAGACGGUUUCACUGGCAAUGGUACCUAUUGCGAUGGUAUGGACGUUUUGAUUAUAGUAACUUUCUAUUCAUUCCUAGUAAAUAAUUUGUACUGAAAAUACAUGCAUGCAGAAACGCCUUGCUGACAAAACCAUUGUAUUUUCCGAACAUGAAGUAUUUAAAGUAGUUGUCAUGGUAACACGAUAAUUUUGUUAAGAAUAUUUUUACAAAUGAAAAACGUCAAAAAUCAUCUAAAAAUAUCACUUUUAAUUACAAAAUUAUCAAUUCCCCAAACAUAUAUAUGUUAGGUAUGUUAUUCUACGUAAUAUAAGCUUCAAUUUAAGGUAAAAUUCAACCUCAAACGCUUCGCAAAACGUUUUAAAAUGUUCCUUAUUAUAAAUGUUCCCUGCCGUUAUCGUCGACUGGUUAUCGUUAAACUUUGAGUUUGAAAUUAUCAAAUGAUUUCAAAUUCUCGCAUUCAAACAACUUUGCUUUCUUUUUUAUUUAAAAAUUUUAGUAUAAUAAAAAGGGCAAUCAAUAGAGAAACACUGAAAUUAUAUGCUGUCUUUUUCAUUUAAAAUAUACGUAACGAUCAGCUUUUAAAGCUAUUAUUAUAGCGAACAUAUAUAGAGCGAACAAUGCAUCAAUAUUUAAAACGAACCUACCUUCGUUAACGUCGGCGACUUUACUCCCUUCUUUUAUAGCAAUUCUUUCGUCUUUAUUUUCUUAGAAAGCUUUUGAAAUUCGCAAAAUUUUGCAAGAAAUCGUCGAAUCAAGAAAUGUUUGCUAUUUCGCUGUCGUCAUGCAGUUUUCGCUAUUCAUCCAAUCAGUUUUCGCUAUUCAUGACAGUCUACCAUAUUUUUGAGAUCAGUGAGCAUGACCAACACCCCAACACCGUUGGACACCCACACCCGCGAUCAUUGAUGAACUUUAGACUUCGCUAAUGCUUUCGUUUCCCCGGGUGUAAAUAACCGGGCGGAAUUAGUACCCUCGCCCCGGGCUUACGCCCGGAACGGCGCCGUUGGCUCGGCGAUUACGAAAUAUUUUUAUGAAAAUAGAAUAUUCCUCCCAAACCUUUUCAUUUUUUCAUUGUAAUUGGCGUGAACGUUGUAAUUGGCGUGAACUGUCAUGUAGGACAUUUAUUUAUUUUACAAACGUGUAUGCAGAAGAGUUAUGGCAUGUUCAUAGUUCCCUGUUUCCCUAAAAUUUAAUUGUCACUGCAUUCAUUUACUUAAAACCACAGUAUGAGGGAAAACGUGUCCGAUAUUAAACCUUGUCGCUGUGAACAAUGAACUUCAUUUUUUUAAAUGAUUUGUCAUGACUAAAUAUUACUGGAUUUGUAGCAAGAUCUUUUCUCGUUGCAUGUCGAAGCUCAAACCAUUAGCGCGCUAGGAAGUGCACCGUACUUCCGACGGACGUUUCUCAGUAAAAUAUGGACUAGAUUCCAGUUAAUUUCAUUUCACGAUCAAAUCCAAGAUGGCGGCCAAUGUGAAACUUAAGUAUUUACCCCCUAGGUCACUCUUUUCAGUCAGAUAUGUCAAGCGUCAAGCAAGAUAUGCAAAAAAACUGUAAAAAGUAUUUUUUCAAAAGUUGUUUCAAAUGAGAAAAGCUAAUUUUUACCCCCAAUCUCCUUUAGUGAAUAUUAGAAAAUUAAACCAACCCUUUACAUAGUAGAACCGUAUAUGGAUAAUGCUAGGUUGUGCUCAUCUUACUAGAUGUUGACGAGUGCGAACCAAGUCGUUGUCAUGACAAUGCUACAUGUAAUAAUACUAUUGGAUCGUUCAUUUGCCGUUGUAUUGAGAACUUCAGAGGCAAUGGUUUUGAAUGUGAAGGUAAGAAUCUCUUUCCUUAUGCUGGAUUAUAAUUAAGUCAUCUAUUGAUUACACUUCUAAACCUGCUUUUUGGUUGAGUGAAAUAAGUCAUGAAAAGAAAGGAAAUAUUUACCUUCUGAGCAAGCUGCAAUAACAAAUGAGGAAGAAAUUUCUUCUCAAAUUUCAUUUGUGUUUCUUUGAAUGUUAUUUGUUUUUCUAUGAUUAAAAACUUGUUCCAUUGCUUGUGCUUACACUGUAUUACAUUAAGGGAGGUUACCAGCAUACCAAUGUACUUGGUGGUAGUGUCUUCGUAUACCUAAAUGUUAAUCUUGGGAAAUGUAGCAUGCUUAUUUUAUACUGUGUCUCAGCUUACUUCAACAAUAAAAUACUGCAUACCAAAAGUAAAAUGGUCUAAACGUUUAGUCCUUUCUCAAGAUGGUGCACAUGGUACUCCAAGAUACAUGUAGUUAUUCAUUUUUCUCAUCUUUAAAUCAUUUUUUUUUAAAAUACAUCAUUGAGUCUCGCCGCCUAUACUAACGUUGCCCUCAAUAGUACGUUAGUCAUGUGUGUGGUUGUUACUGCAUACUAGUGUCGAGAGAAUAGUUAGGCUAUAUUGUUUUAUAUUCUUGCCUGUAGACAAUUUUUACACGUAAAUUCAUGAAGUUUCAUUUUUUUAUAGAGUUCAUUAACUGUACAGAUUACAACGGAUGUGAUGAAAAUGCGGUGUGCAACAACAUUACUGGGACCCCUGUGUGCACAUGUAAUGAGGGUUUUGUAGGGAAUGGAAGUGUUUGUGAAGGUAUUUAUCUAUCCACAGUAGAGCUGUGCGGUUAACCGAAAAAUUCGGUUCUUCCGGUACUUUUUUUAGCACCGAAAAAUUAUACUCAAAGAACCGGUAGUUUAAAAUAAAUAUUUCAUGUCCAUAAAUAAAUUCCAAUUGUUCUUUUGAAAUAUUCAGAAAUUUAUACAAACUUACAAAAUUUAAGGCAUAUAAAUUCAUCUAUUUAGUAAAAAUGCUCAAAACAUACAUAAAUGAGUUCAUACAUUUCUACUGUUCUUCUUUUUCGAAAAUAACCGAAACCGAACCGAACCGAGGUUUUUCUGUUCCAAAAAACCGGAACCGAGAUAAAAUUUUUGGAACCGCACAGCUCUAGUGCACAGUAUUUUGAUUCUUAUUAUGUGUACAUUUAUAUCUCCCUUUUUAUUACUCAUAUAUUUUGGCUUGUUUACACUGCCAAAACGUCUAGAGAAGUGCUGUAGUCGGUAUGUUAAAUUUUACAAUAUUCAGCUCGUGGAAAAUGAGAAAGCAUUGAUAUUUUGGCAACAUUACAAAGUUUUGAUGUAUUCUCCAUUGUUUCCUUGAAGCAUUGUUGCAAAAAGAAAAUAUGUUAUGUCAUAUCUUCAGUAUGAUUUUUUGUAAGGAAACAAUAUUUCCUGGUUUUCUCAACUUGUUGAAACAUGACAAUUUUUCGAAAAACUGUUUCCUACGUUGCCCGGGGUUGAUUUCUACAGUUUUACUGCUCGUAAAAUAUUACUGCCAGGUUUGUCUUGUAAGUUUGUGCAGCAAACAUUUCUCAAUCGUUAUUGCAGAUGAAAAUGAAUGUAAUGCGACCAUGUAUCCCUGUCAUGAAGAUGCAUUUUGUAACAACACAAUUGGGUCAUUUGAGUGCGUUUGUAAAGAUGGUUUUGAAGGAAAUGAGACACACUGUCAAG